GUCGCCGUUAAACAAAACAGUCGUGAGAUUUACAACGGGCAGUAGACGCUACCAUUUAAACGUCUCUGUUUAUUAUAUUGUUGUGCUGUUUUUUUCUAGUUAGUGCUUUUUUGUCUAUGGUUUUUAUAUAAUUUCCCAUUUAAAAGGGACUCAAAUUUCGGAUAUUAAAACCAUUUGGAGGACCGUCACAUUGUCAUAAAAUACAGGACUGGGAACGACUUUUAACCCACAAAGCAUGCAUGUACCAAAGAGACAUAUUUUAAUAUCAGAUUAUUCAGCACAUGUCACACCAAUGGUGUAAUGUUCAAAGUAUCCGACGACAAUAAAUAGUGCAAGAUCCUAGAAUUCCACAAGUAUAUUUAAUGACAAUAUAAGGCCUGCGAGAAAUCCAAGUGUACAAGACAGUGACUGUAAAAUGGGAAUUACUCUAUAUAGUGCAUGUAUAUUACCAUUGACAAUUAUUGUGACAAUUUGUGUUAUAUUGGUAAAUGUUGUGGACUGUACACAUCAGAGAUGGUGGUUAUAUGGCUGCCAGUGCUCUAAUUGGGAAUCCAGAGAGUCGGUUAGAGAGGUUGUUAUGAACUCGUAUCGAGGUCUUUUUGUCGGGAGAGAUGACCUCACUAAUUUACCAGUGGUUAAACUACAUAAAAAUCCCGGCGAGGCGGGAAUACAAUCUUAUGUUGCUAACACUCUGCCACAUAUAAACCAGUAUAUGAAUCCGGGAUGCUGCUCAACGGAUUACAGAUAUGAAAUAUUUAACACAACAACUGUUAGUGCUCAAGAAUUCAAGGUGGUUCAUUUUGAUAAAGCGUUCCAGUUCGUUCCAACUGGCCGGUGUCGAGUAAACAGUACUUGUAGCCGUGGUGAAUGUUUACAGAUGUACAGACAUCACUGGAUGUUAGUGUGGGAUGAGAGGCUUAGUACAUGGCCACCAGUGACGUUUCUGCCUGUAGAGGUGCCGUCACAUUGCCAGUGUGUGAACGUUGGUAGAGCUGUGAAACGUAAAAAGAGAGGAGCCUGCGAUUCGAGUAUCUAUAUAGAAAUGAAGGCACAUCAAGAAGACAUUCCAACGGGAUGAUGUCAUCAUUAAAUACGCUACGUCAUGGCAGACGUUAUUUCAAAUAAUAGGACAAUAAAAUUAUAAACUAAUGCCUUGUUAAUUGCGUUCAGUAAAAUAACAAAUAUUUGUCUUUACCUUGCAUUAAUCGUAAACCAAAAGUUUUAUUCCACUAUCUCUACUCAUUAAAACCAAGUCUGCUUUUGUCUUUUAAUUGUUCUCAAGUGAUCUCCCUUUAACCAGAAUUUUAUAUUUAAAAAUGAAAAGGUGUUUGAAAAACAACAGCAACAGCAAAAACACCUUAAAGUAGCAUGGAAACUAGUUAAGAAUGACCGCGUGAUUGCUUAUAAAUUAUAAUAUUAUAACUGUUAUUUGUUCCGUGCGUUUAUAUAAUUGAGAAUUGUUUGUUAGCGUUUUUGUCUACUGGUUAAGAUAAUAAGAAUUGUAUUUUAUCCUUAUUGUAUUGAAAAUAUGUAAGCUGUUCAAGAAUGUACAGUACUUUAUAUCCAGUAUAUGUGAGACAGAUGGCAUUGAUUAUUUGGAAUGUGUGAAUCUUAACAUUCGUGUGUAGUUGUCUGCAAAUUAUAGCUAAUAUAUUACUAUGUAAAUAUUUUCAUGAAAUCAAAGGGAUUCUUUCGGCCUCUGUUACACUGUAGACAGUAAGAAGAUUCGUGGCAAUUUUUAUUCUUUAUCUAUGUUAAUUUUUAAUGUCAGUUUUUCUUUUUUUAUGAUUAUAGGGCCAUUUUUAUUAUGUAUUCUGUUUAUUAUUUGUAUAGUGUUUAAAGCCGCCUUCUGCUUUUAUUUUUUGUUGGGGAAACAAUUCUGAGCUAUUUCAAACUAAACAUUUCUGUAUUAUUACCAAGGAAAAGUGCAUUUAUUUUAUAUCAUUGUUAAGCGUUUAAAACAGCGCCCCAAGGGCUAUUUAUAGUGCACAGUGACGUUCGUUUCUAAAAAUCGAAGAUUGGGAAUUUACUAAUUUACAUAUAGAGAGCGGACCGGUAGAUUAGAGGUACCUUAUUGUUUUUGUAUUUUAUCGACGUCAAAUUUUAUUCUACACCUUAAUUCUUUUUGAUUUUACAAUUAUAUGAAACGACUUAUCUAAAACUAACAUAGUUGCUUAAACUUUAAAAAAGCGGAGGGCCGCUUUAAAGUAUCUAAGGCAAUUUUAUUAUUGUUGCUAGUGACGAAUCAGACUGCCAUAAUAAUGACAAUAUGAUAAUUAUACAAAACUAGACUUUCCCUUGUAGUCGCAGGGAAGGCUGGGGCGACUCGUCAUACAAGACGUGUUGCUGUUUUAUUUUAUUUCGUUUGUUUUGUUUUUUGAUUAUGUCCGAUUAACAUUGUUUAUUAACUUACAGUUAGACACUAAGAAGGAAAUAUGAAACUCCUAAAUAGAUGGAACUGACUGUUUUAAACGUUUUAUUAUUAUUACUAUUUGUUAGCGUCUAACUGACUUAGUCCUUACCUAUGCGUGCGGUUUGUUGAGUACCUUGUAAAAAAACUAUAGUUUUCCUUUUCAAGACGACGCUUUUGGAGAAUAUUAAAGGCAAUUCUCCUAAAGACUGUUGCAUUAACAUUCUGUAAGUGGUUAUAACUUAUAAUGGAUUGCUUGUAAUAUAGACACAUUUUGACUUUUUGAUAAUGUUUAAAUAGCAUUGUCGGUUAAUUACGUUUAACUAUGUUUGAUACUUAAAUUGUUUAUAUAUACUGAUAAUUUACAAACAGUGUAAAUAUUUGAAAUCUGUUAUGUUUACAGCAUAAAUGUGCUUCUUGCAUGCAAAAAAAGUGUGUCUUUGUAUAGAGUAUAAAAUGACAUUAUACUAUUUAUUAAACAACGACAUUGUCAAGUUACUCGUAGUUUGUUA